AUGCCAAACAUCAUAAAACAUGUAAAAGAUGCAAAGAGAACCAAUUUGAAAGCUUCUUCCAAUGUUUUGAAUAAAGAUCUUAAUGCACUCACUCAUAUAACAGAGAAAGUAUCCAAAGAAUCCGAGAGUGAGGAGCAUAAUGGAACAGUUACAGGUGAAUACACUGAAGCAGAACACAUACGCGUUGAAGUUAACUAUCUUGAUGUGGGUGACUUCAUUGAAAAUGAAAUCCAAGAACUGACAAUUGGACCACAAAUCGAUGGAGUAGUUAACGCAGCUUACUGA